CAACGGUAAAUGCGGUCGCCUCUGGUCGCCUCCCAAGGUAGAGAGAGCUGGAGAGGGCUGUAAACAGGUGUCUUAACAGGCGCCACUUCAAUUUACAAUGACAAGCAUAGAUGAAUUUAACUUUGAACUCGUAAAGCAGUACUUAAUAGACAAGGGAGGCAAAGUUACGAACCCAGAACUCGUAAAACACUUCAGACAUUACUUGAACGAUCCGGUUCACAAAGACAGCAUCCGCCAGAAGUUCAAGGACUUCGUCAACAGGUUAGCGUGCGUGAAAGAAGAAAACGGGACAAAAUACUUGAUCCUUCGCAAUGAAUACUUCGAAGAACUCCACAACACCAGGCGUGACCUUUCGCUUCCAUCGUACUCUGCAGUGGAAGAGCCUGACAAUUGUGUUGGAUUCAUGUGCCAAGACCACUGUGCUGAGUACUUUUCACCUCCACUAGGCCAGACUCCACAGCAACCACACCAAACUCCACAGCAACCACAGUGGAGGCAUUACUCUCCAGACUGUCCAAUCGCAGCAAAUGAGUGCCCACCUCUUUCUCCAGUGGGCGUCAGCCGCAUCCACUCAAGCCCGUGUCUCCUUGUGGAGGAUAACUGCUAUGAAGAUGUCCCACCUCCGCUACCUCAGAAAAAACACUCUUUCGGCGGGAGUCCUAAAAGGCCUGACAUGCCCCUGCCACCUCCUAGGGGUAGGAAAAACCAUGGUCGCCGAGGGUCACAAGUAGAGGAACGCGUCCGGCAGUUUAGUGUUGAAAAAGAGCUUGAGGGAAACGUCACUGUCAAAAAAGAGAACAUCCAGGACGUCGCCGUGAGCCCCGGAACGGUAAAAGAAAAGACGCAGAUCAUCAAUCGCAUGGCCGAAAGCAGCGGCGCGCCUGCCAAACCAGCGCUACCGUCCGGAUCCGUGGGCAACGCGACCAUCAAACGCCGGGACGGGCCCGGAGCACGCACUGCGGCCGAUGAUGACACUACAUCGGUGAACACGUUGGACCCUCGCCGACGGGAGUGGCUGCUUAGGGCUUCACAGACUGACUACCACUCACUCGUUCGGCUCCUUCGUGAAGACCCUGAUCUGUACCGUUUUGAGGACUUUACGUCGGAACGCCGCUGA